AUGAGUGCCGCCCAAGAUAAGCGGAAAACGCUGAAUGCAAUCAUCGAACUCAAGCGAGCCCUCGCCCAAACAUCCGAUGGCUCCGAAUCCGACGACUCAAUCUCGUACCCGUCCAACCGCGGCCGCAAGCUCAAGCGAAAGGCCCGCUUCGUGCACGAGGGCGCCCUCAACGACGCAAAGGGCCCGCGUACCUACAAGGAGGAGAUCGAGUACUUCGGCAAACGCCGCAAGAUAAUCUGGCGCAACCGCAGAGCGCGGCACCGCGCCGCCGACCGCGACUCCGCCAGUGAAUCCUCCUCCGACAGCGACUCCAACGGCAGCGCCGUCGACGAAGACGACCCCUAUGCUGAAGUCAAGCUCGACAAGAUCCUCGCCCCACUCGAAUCCGCCGCAGACCUCCCCUCGCACCCCUCCCUAGCGCACAUCUACACCACCACCACGCUCAACGAGCUCCUGCAGCAGUCACUCGACAAGCUCUGCGAGGAGCACGCCCACACCAUGAAGCUCAAAAACCUGCUCACAGUCUUCCUCGGCGACGACCCAUACCAGCUCCUCCGCGAACUCGCCGGCGACCCCGCUGCCCCGGACUCGGCCCGCGGCAGCGUCUCGGGGCCCUCAAACUCCCAUCCUACUGCCGCCGCCGCCGCCAAGCCCACCGAGGCCGACACAGACAUGGCCGACGCCGAUCCCGAGGAGCACGAGCACGAGCACGAGCACGAGCACGAGCACGAGAACGGCGCCUCCUCAGCAACACUAGAAUAUACCGCGCCGCCCCCACCACCCGACGACGACCCCGACGCCACACAGGAAUACAAGAUGGAAGAGAUCCUCCCCGACUCUCCGCCACGGCGCAUGACCACCCGCUCCACACACCCACGCCGCCGGCAGCAACGGCAGCCCCCCCACCGCCUCCACCACCACCGCCACCGCCACCGCCGCGCCCGAAAUCGACGCGUUCUUCUUCCCGCCCGACUAUUCCGUCGACCGGACUUUGGGCUUCCUCCCGCCGAGGCCGAGGACACGCGGUGUCUGUUAUCGACGGCCGUGCAGCGGCAGGACGAGUUCCUGCGCGGGCUGGGCAAGGUGCGUGACGGGCUGCUGCGGGCGGAGCGGCUGCGCAAGGGCGUGUGGGGCUGGUGCCGGGCGAUGGAGGGGACGCGGGAGUAUCUUGGUGGCGGCGAGGUGGAGGAAGUGGUGGGCACGGCGCUGAGCGAUGGCGAGGACUGGUAUGAUGCCGAUGCGUGGGGGCUGGAGGAGGGGCUGGAGAAGGGGAAGGAGGAGGAGGAGGAUGGGGUUGAGACCGUGGUGCAGGGGAAGAAGACGAGGGGGAGGAGGGGGGUGGGAAUUAGUGAGUAUACCCUCGGCGCAAAAGCAUACGCAGACGCAGACGCAGACGCAGAAACGGAAGACGCAGCAGCAGCAAUGGGGAUGUUGAAGGCAUGCAUGCAGAAUGUUAGGUUAAAUUUAGAUCAAUUUCCCGACCAGUGGCUGACAUGGUGGUCCAACUCGAAUGCCACGCACCCCAAUGAGCGUGUUGGAUACUAUCUUGGUAUCUAUGCGAUGUUUAACGUGCUCGCUUUUAUUUCGCUGUGUGCUUGGGCAUGGCAUCUAUUCCACGGCGUGGUCGCCUCGUCGGGCAGAAACCUGCACCGGGAGUUGUUGAAGACGGUCAUGAGUGCUCCCUUCCCGUAUAUUAGCCGUAUCGACACUGGUAUUACGACCAACAGGUUCAGCCAAGACAUGCUCCUCGUGGACGGCACCCUCCCCCUCUCCCUCCUCAACACCGCCGCUGAGCUCUUCACCUUCAUCACCCAACUCGCCCUCAUCGCCGCCGCCACCCCCUUCAUCCUCGCCACCUUCCCCCUCCUCCUCGCCACAACAUAUGCCCUCCAACACCUCUACCUCCGCACCUCCAAGCAACUCCGCCUCCUCGACAUCUCCUCCAAAUCCCCCCUCUACACCCUCUUCAACUCCGCCGCCACCGGCCUCCCCACCCUGCGCGCCCACGCCGCCUCCACACACCUCACAUCUCAAACCACCGCCGCCCUCAACACAUCCCAGAAACCAGUAUACCUCCUCUACUGCGUGCAGGUGUGGCUAAAUCUCGUACUGGACCUCAUGGUUGCCGGGCUGGCGCUCACAAUCACCUCCAUCGCUGUCUCGGGCCGCGCUCCGCUGUCGACGAGUGCGGUGGGGCUGGCGCUGGUGAAUAUUACGACACUGGGAGAGACGCUGAAGAAUUUAGUCGUCUCGUAUACCGCGCUGGAAACGUCGCUGGGCGCUAUUGCGAGGCUGGAGUCUUUCGCGCGGACUACACCGCGGGAGGACGACGACACCACCACCUCCUUAGACCCACCGCCACACUUCCCCGCCACCGCCGGUGCUGCGCCAGCAAUCGAGUUCCGCGGCGUCUCCGCCUCGUACACCCCCACCGGCCCGCAAGUGCUAACCGACAUAACACUCUCCUUCCCCCCCGCCACGCGCACCGCCAUCAUCGGCCGCAGCGGCAGCGGCAAGACCACGCUCCUCGCGACACUAACACGCCUGCUCGACCCAUGUUCUGGCACCAUCACGCUCGGCGGCAUCGACACGCGCGCUGUUCCGCGGCGCGACGUGCGUGCUGCGCUCACGGUUGUGCCGCAGGACGUGUAUGCCUUCCCUGGCACCGUCCGCCAGAAUCUAGACCUAGCCGGCAGGUGCGGCGACGAUGAGCUGCUGCGCGUGCUGACGCGGCUGGAACUGGUUGGUGCUGGGCGGCCACUAGGGAUGGAGGGGGCGGGGGUGCUAGACGCGCAGCUGGAAUGGGGACGGCUAAGUGUUGGACAGCGGCAGCUGUUUGGGCUCGGCCGUGCGGUCGUCAAAGCGCGUCGGGGAGGGGGAAAGGGGGUUCUGGUGCUGGACGAGGCGAUGAGCAGUGUUGACGUUGCGACGGAGCGGGUUAUGGGUGCUGUUGUGGCGGAGGAGUUUGUGGGGUGGACUGUGGUGGCGGUGAUGCAUCGGCUGGCGGGGGUGGAGGAGGGGUAUGGGCGGGUUGUUGUGAUGGAGGGGGGGAGGGUUGUGGAUGUGGGGAGUGUGGAGGAGGUGAGGGGGCGGGGGAGGCUGGGUGGUGGGGGCGGGGGGAGUGGUGGUGUAAGCAGCUAG